GAGGAGGGACCUCGGGCUCCUCUGCCCUGCCAGGCCCCCCCCCCACCCCCCCCGCAGCAUGGCCUCCAAGCUGAAGGAGCGGAAAAGGACCCCGGUGUCUCACAAAGUGAUCGAGAAGAGGAGGAGGGAUCGGAUCAACCGCUGCCUCAACGAGCUGGGCAAGACGGUGCCAAUGGCCCUGGCAAAGCAGAGCUCGGGGAAGCUGGAGAAGGCGGAGAUCCUGGAGAUGACGGUGCAGUACCUGCGGGCCUUGCACUCUGCCGACUUCCCCCGCGGCAGAGAGAAGGACACACACAAAAAGAUCUUCAUGACAAUGCUUAGAAAGUAGAGCGGGGUCUUCCGCUUAGACUGUCAACACAGAGAAGCUGGCUCCUUCGCCUCCACACGGCCGAGGUCACGUACCCGGGGACUGCGAGAAGGGGAAAUCGCUAUUUCCUCGAGAGAGAGCUGAGACCUUAAAUCCAAGCAAGGGCAGAGGGACGAGUAGCUAUAUCUAAAUGCAUCUCUCACAAGGCAAUCUGGCAGAAUCCUAGUGUAUUCAGCACCAGAAGGAUGUCUGGUGAUUCUUAUGAAAAUACACAUCCUACAUUCAGUUUCACCAGCAGAUUAUGAAGCAAGUCUUACACUACUUAUUUAUUAUUAUUUGUUCUGUGAGCAUUAACCUGCCCUGAAUCCCCUCUUGCAUUAAAGCAUUUCAAGAUAUAGUAUUUUCCUGGAAAUAUAACAUUAAUAUAUUCAACAUUUUGAUCCCUUAACCAAAUUAGCCUCCCCCCUUUUCUCCCCUGCUAAAUAGAUUUUCUUUCUGGGAUUAGCACCAGGCCACCAUGGUCAAACCUGGGGUCAUUUACAUAUAAUUUUGCAAACUUGCAUUGGCCCAUGACAGUCUUUGUACUUCACAUGUUGCUGGUCUUGGAUUUUAUUUCAUUUCACUGUAAAAGAUAAACCCUGCUCUGGCUUGACAAUGACUCUAGGAUAAAAGUCUCUCCCCACCCCCACCUCUUCUCCCUCUCUGAGUCUCUCUGUGUCUGAAACCUCUCCCCCAAAGCCACAAACCCCAAAACCUCGAGCCAGCCUGGCUGCCCAGGAGCUGCAUAACCUUGGCUCAGGCAGAGGAGGGGAUUGAUCAGGACAAGACUGUGAAUUCAAGGCAUUUUCCCCUUGUCCCCAGUGCCUGGCUUCAUACCCCCUCUUUCCCCACGCUCUCUCUUUAAAUGAGUUGUAUAGCCCUGGUUUCCAAGAAAGCCCCUACUAAAGCCUAGGAAAAGCUCCCAGUGGUUUGUGCUGGAGAUGACCCAUUGUGGAGCCUCUGAAAAGGACAGCCUCUUGUUUCUUGGGCUUCAUCCUUGAGUAGGCAAGGAUAAACAUAAUCAGCCCCAUGAAAUCAAAGGUUCUCUCCACAGGCAUGAGGAACAAAGCUCCUUGCCAGAGCCUGGGCGAGCCAUCCCCUUGACUCUGCCUCAGAGGAGGCCUCCAGCCCACGUCCAGCAGUCUUCUUAAUACAGAGCUCACUUGUG